UUUGAAAGCUUAACCUAGAUCUCAUAGGUCUCGGAUACGGAUUUGGAUCCAUUUUUAAAAAAUGGAAAGAGGCAAAACUUGUUAAUUUCGACCCUAACGGGGCGACCCACGGGCCUAAUCCGCAGGAUUCCAGAUAUGCAUAAUACUUCCUUAGUUAGUUCUCUACCAUAAUCCCGACGCGCUUACCUCUACUCUGCUUUGUUCGACUUCUCUGUUAACAACUAAUAAUCCCGUUCACAGUUUAUGAGCAUUAUAUUCCACCAUAAAAGUUGAUUUUGUUUUUAUCGUGUUCGGCCGUAGAUUAUAUAGAUGGCGGCGUCUAUUGCUAGCUGCAACUUCAGCAUUUCAGGCCCUUUUCAGUUCAAAGCUGGCAAAGAUUGUUUGGUUCUGUUUCAUUGCUCUAAUAGGUUCAAACCCAGAGAGCAUCCUUCUGUUCUGGUGAUGCCUAAAAAUAUAACUACCUUAAAGAUUGAGAAUACUUUACGAGCAAGUCAUGAUGUCAAAUGCAGCUCAUAUGCCCCAAAAAGUUGUCUGCGCUUGAGUGUUGAUAAUAGUGAUGAACAGCAAUGUUUUGGAUACUUAAUGAAUUGGUUCAGGGCAAUGAAAACUGUUCUAUCAUUUCUUGCUGAACAGCCAAGUCAGCUGAAGCACAUAGAAUGGCCAAGCAUCCAGACAACAGUUAGUUCUGAAGACUGCUAGCCUGGCCCUUGCCCUAGUCGGUCUGUUUAUCAUUGCAUUGGCAUCCGUUGAUUCUGCUCUAUGCUAUGUAUUGGCUUUGUUUUCAAGAAGGGCAACUUGAUAUGUGGAUUCUUCUCUGUGUUAUGUAUCUUUAUAACUGAUUUUUUUGUAGGAAUUGUUUUCAUUUGCUUGUGCUUUCAAGAAGUUAUUUAGUUUAUACGUAGUAUAUCAUAAGAAAAGUAAUAAUAGAAGUUUGUUUGAAGUGUUUGAUAAAAAUAUUCUUUAAUACGGAGUACUAAGUAUAUUGUUGGGGUAAUCCGGUAAUAUGUUAUACAAAAUGUA